AUGAUCAAACAACCAUUCCAGCUCUGCACAAGCCGCCGUCAUUCAGCCUUCACUACUCCCCUACCAAGCUUCCUGCGAGCAACCCAAACUCAGACUCGCACCUUGCUGUCCCACCACCGCCUCCUAGCAGCAUACAACAUGCCGCAGCCGCCCAAAAUCAUCAAAGUCGAGGAACUCCCCGCCACAGAAGCAAAAUGGAUAGAAUUCAGAAAGAUCUCGUGGCAAGACCAAACUGGCAAGCCGCGAGUUUGGGAAGCCGCAGCGCGCAAGACACGAGGCUCCUCUGGCGUCGACGCAGUAGCCAUUGUCACAAUCAUCAAGCACCCCUCACGCGCCCCCUCCACCAUCAUCAUCCUGCAGUACCGGCCCCCCGUCGACGCGGUCUGCGUGGAACUCCCCGCCGGCCUGGUCGACGAGGGCGAAUCCCCCAGCGAGGCGAGUGUGAGGGAGUUGCACGAGGAGACGGGGUAUCAAGGCAAGCUCAAGUUUAUUUCACCGACGAUUGUGAGUGAUCCUGGCCUGAGCACGGCGAAUAUGCAGCUUGCGGUGGUGGAGGUGCAGCUUCAGGAGGGGGAUGAGGAGCCCGAGCAGAAAUUAGAGGCGGGGGAGUUUAUUGAGAAGGUGGUUGUGCCGGUGGAUGAGCUGUUUGAUCGGUUGGUGAAGUAUGAUGGGGAGGGGAAGACGGUAGAUGCGAGGUUGUGGCAUUGGGCGGCGGGAUGGAAGAUGGCGAGGGGGAUGUUGUGA